CCAAUGUAACUCAAAAUGUGUCUGCUCUUCUCCAGUUCCUGUAAUGCAUUGCCUACUCCGAGAGUAAAGCAGGGCGUAUGUAGGAAGGCCACAGUUGGUUCAAAUAAACAAAAAAUAAAAAGGUGCACUUGUACUAUCUAUAAUCCAUGCUGCAAGGGUAACCAUGGUGAUGUUAAAGGAACACAAACAUCUUAUCAGAUCAACCCUCGAUCCGGUGUCCCCCUUUCUACAAUGAGGCAUAUGCAGUGUGCAACCCGGGCCACCUCAGUUUGUGGCAGCGGGGUAAAGCAGAUCAUUGCCAAGGGACAUCCGCAUACCCGGGUUGUUGGAGCGCGCAAGGCGCGAAUCCCUGAGAGAGAGGUGCCAGCAGCCAAACCCAAGAUGGUGCGCAUUACCCAUCUAAAUCUGCAGCCCCAGGAGCGCCAGGCCUUUUACAGGCUCCUAGAAAAUGAGCUGAUUCAGGAAUUUCUUUCUAUGGACUCAUGCCUAAAGAUUUCAGACAAGUAUCUUAUAGCAAUGGUUCUAGCAUAUUUUAAGCGGGCAGGCCUCUACACCAGCGAGUACACAGCUAUGAAUUUCUUUGUUGCCCUGUAUUUAGCUAAUGACAUGGAGGAAGAUGAAGAGGACUUUAAAUAUGAAAUCUUCCCAUGGGCACUAGGAGACUCAUGGCGUGAGAUUUUCCCUCAAUUUCUGCGUCUCAGGGACAACUUCUGGGCUAAAAUGAACUACCGAGCCGUUGUUAGCCGAAAAUGCUGUGAUGAGGUAAUGUCAAAAGAUCCCACUCAUUGGGCCUGGCUCAGAAACCGUCCUGUUCAUCACAGUGGGGCCUUACGUGGGUACCUCAGGAAUGAGGAUGAUUUUUUCCCCCGGGGUCCAGGCCUUACACCAGCCAGCUGUGCACUUUGCCAUAAAGCAGGAGUCUGCGACUCUGGUGGCAUCGCCAACAACUCCUCUCCAGAACAGGAGAUUUUUCACUACACAAAUGGGGAGUGGUCCCAGGAACUUCUCAUCUUGCCACCUGAACUGCUACUGGAUCCUGAAUCGACCUAUGACAUCCACCUUCUCCAGGAACCAUUGGUUGGAUUAGAGUCAGAUGGGACAGCCUUGGAAUGGCACCACCUUUAGUACCCUCUUCACUGCUUCAUUCUUCCUCCAAUUACAUGGGCUCAAAAAGCACUUAAGCCUCUUAGCACUUUUCAAUGUCUUUUUAGACUGAUGUAUUAAAUAGAGGUGAACAUUUCUACAAAAUGAAGGAUACUACCGUGAAGUGUUUGGGUCUGUUUAAACUGUUGCUAUUGUCCUUUCAGUUGCCUUGUAAAUAAGUAUAUAACUAUGCUCUGUGCUGGUCACUAAUAAAGAUCAGGUAUAAUCACUUUCACGUGUAAUUCAAUAUUGGUACAUACUGCACUCAAUGUAAAUGGUUGUAGAAAUCUAAUGCAGCUCUCCUCAAUAGUAAGCUAGUCAUCACUGUACCGCUUUGCUUAAUUGCACGUUCUUGGAAAUAGUUUGCACAAAAAUAUUCUGCAGAUCAGACUAGCUUGGUUUGCUGUCAUUUUGCAAAAAGAUUGGUUGUAACAGUUCCUGUUUAAUGUAUGAAUGCAAAUAAAUUAUGCCUGAAACUGG